AGAUCGCCAUCAAAAUCAGAGAUGGAUCCAGCCGUUGCUAAAGCUCACAUUCCCGAGCCUGAAUACUUCCAAUACACUACAAGAGACGCCGUUAUCUAUGCGCUUGGGGUUGGUGCACACGCCAAAACCGAUCUACGAUAUGUCUACGAAAUGGCUGAAGAUUUCCUGCCCUUACCCACUUUCGUGGUAGCCCCAGGUUUGAGGGCUGGUAACAUAAUGAGUUGGCCAGGCAUUGAGUUUGAUCUGACCAGAAUUCUACAUGGUGAACAGUACAUUGAACUGUACGAGCCUCUUCCAGCUGAGGCAAAACUUCGAUCCGAGGCCAGAGUGGUAGAUGUUCUUGACAAAGGAUCGGGAGCACUGAUCCUCACAAACGUUACUACUUACGAUGAAACAAGUGGGAAAAAACUUUCCAUGCAACAACUGGGUAUCUUCCAAGUUGGCUCCGGGAAAUUCGGAGGACCUCGCAACAGUCCACAUGAAAAGCCAGCCGCCGAAAUACCGAAACGACAGCCUGAUGCAGUUUUUGAGGAAACGACUUCUGUUGAUCAGGCCGCUUUAUACCGAAUGGGUUCCGGAGAUUUAAAUCCGCUACAUAUCGAUCCAGGUUUUGCCAAGAUGUCUGGAUUCAAAGAGCCUAUUUUGCACGGUUUAUGCUCUUUGGGCUUUGCAACACGACAUGUGAUCAAGCUGUGGGCUGAAAAUGAUGCCUCUCAAUUCAAAGCACUCAAGGCACGGUUCUCAUCCCCCGUCAUUCCUGGGCAAACACUACUUACUGAAACAUGGAAAGACGGUAACCGCAUCUUGUUUCAAACGAAGGUGAAACAAACAGGAAAAGUGGUAAUUGCAAACGCAUGGAUUUCGCUGAGCAAGGUAGCAGCCUCUGCAGCCGCAUCCGACACACUUUCAAAGCUUUGAACACCCAAAGCGCUCUUAAACUUUAUCUGAGAUCAAUAGAUCAAGAGAAAAUAAGCGCGAUCAAAUAAACACUUUGGAAAAA